AUGUCCACCCUGCAUCUCCCGCCCUUGACCUUUGGCAAUAGCGUCACAUCGCCUUGUUCAUCACCAAAAGCUUGUUUCUCCUUCCAGUCAAGGGCCCCCAAGCUCUCCAUCCGUCCAACGCCGUGCUUGGGCUCCCUUGGCAAUUGCGCUGUUCAGGAGACCUCCUUGGCAACUUGGCCCUUUGCUUGACUCGGGAGUCCGGUAAUUAGUGUACUAGUAUUACAAGAG